UCAUCAUGUCGCUCAAAGGCAAAUUGUUGCCAAUGAAAUUAUUGCUGCUAUCAUGGGGUACCCUGAGCAUUAUGGCCACCCUGCCAACGGCCACCAAAUGUGAUACCUCGUAUUACGAAAAAUAUUAUUCAGCCCGACGAUUUUUACCCCUAAAGAAACCCUCCCUGGUGGAGGUCCACUUCCAACUGCAACUGCAGGAUGAAAAAUUACAGGAAUUUGAAAAAAUGGCCGUUGUGGGUGAUAUUGACCAGCUCGGCUCAUGGAAGGCCAGCAAGGCAGUGGUGAUGAAUAAAACUUUGGAUUUUGGUAAAUGGGAAGCGGUGCUGCAGAUUCCUGUCAAUACCUCUUUCAAUUAUCGUUAUUUUGUGGCGGCUCAGGAUAAGAAUACGGGCGAUUUGCAAAUUCGUCGUUGGGAAUCGGCAUUAAAUGCCAGGCCACUGAGUGUUACCACCACGGCGGUAAAUCAAACGGAUAAUUUUGGUUAUAUUGGUGCGGGGGCCUCGAAGGAGUUACAACGUGGUUGGUUGAAUUCCGGCCAUAUUGUGCAAUUUAAAUUGUUCCGUAACCCUCUGCUCCUCAAUGAAUCCCUGGCCGGAGAGGAUCAACAAUUGAGAAUUAAAUUAACUCCCGUGGAUCCUGAAUGGCGCACCGCCAUUUCACCCUCCGCUCGAGCCUACACAGAAUAUGUACGCAUGGAAUAUGGUAAUAGCUUCUUGAGAAGCCAACCCGAACAUGGUGUCCAGUAUAAGGAGGAUGGUAUCAUAAUGUUCCACAGCACUGUGGCGGAUUUGUCGAAAGUCGGAUAUCUUUUCCAAAUCUUUGUGGAGGAUAUUGAAAAUGAUUUGUAUCGCCUGGUGGGUUAUCAAUAUUUGGAACCAAAACUACUGGAAAAUACCGAUGGUGCCAUUGAGCUGAAUUUGGUAUCUCCAACCUGGAUGAAUGCCAUCGGCACGUUGAAGUUGCAAUAUGUCAUUGUAAAUCCCUCUCCGAAUUCCAGUGUAGAUUUCCGUACCUCCUUUGUGGAAUAUUGGCGGGAUAAUUGGACUCAUCUUGAGGCAGGACAUCGGGGUUUGGGAAAAUCCUUGAAGGAAACCACAAAUGCUGCUCCUCUCAUUGAAAACACAGUGGCCACCAUGAUUGCCACCGGUGAUUUGGGCGCGGAUUUGGUAGAAUUUGAUGUCCAGUUGACCAAGGAUCUCGUGCCGAUUAUCUAUCACGACUUCUCGGUCUAUGUAUGCAUUGAAUCCAAAACCCCCACCAGCAAAGAUGACCUUACCGAAGUUCUCAUCAAGGAUGUCACCUAUGAACAGUUGAAGGACUUAACCACCUAUCAGGUGAUUGGAUCGAAAAUCAUUGAAUACCCCUCCCACAACUCGGUAAAGGAUGAAAAUCAACGUCUCUUCCCCACGUUCGAAGAUUUCCUAACGAAAAUCAAUAAAUCCGUAGGUUUCGAUAUUGAAAUCAAAUGGCCUCAGCUGAAAAGUAAUGGCGUGUGGGAGAGUAUCCAAACCAUUGAUAAGAAUAUCUAUAUCGAUCGUAUCCUCGAUGUGAUGAUGCAACAUGGUUGUGGUCGUUUCUCCUUCUUUACCUCAUUCGAUGCGGAUAUCUGUACCAUGUUACGUUACAAACAAAAUAUGUACCCGGUAAUGUUCCUCUCCUCCAGCAAGGAAGCCAAUUUUGUUGAUCCCCGUUCGGAUACCAUUUAUGAUUCCGUGAAUAAUGCCCAAGCCUUUGAAUUGGCUGGUAUUGUACCCAAUGCUGUUUUCAUCAAAACUAAUCCCGCCUGGAUCGAUGUGGCCAAGGCCCAACAAAAGAAAGUCUUCCUAUGGGGUGGUGACCUGAAGGAUCGUGAAUCGAUUGAUUGGUUUUUGUCACAAAAUCCCACAGGGGUUAUUUAUGAUCGUAUGGAUCUCUAUUUGACUCCCAAUCGUACAAGUGCCUUUGAAAAGGAGGAAGAUCUGCCGGAGUUCUUUGAGCUGCAGUGUUCCACAGCUGCGGGGCAAGGUAGUGGUGAAAAUGCCACCAUAACACAAAUUUUAAGUAAUGUUAAUAUGUUGUAA